AUGGCUCUCUCAAUCCCACUCUUGGUGCUCUCAAUUGCCCUCCUUGCAACAGCGCAGACACCAACGGACUUCAGUCCCUACACCGCUUCGCCUCUGAUUGUCCAGUAUCCGGGCUCUGCGCCAUUCAAGUCAGGCGUAGAAUUGCAACCCAAAGAGCCCUACUUUCUGACCUACCGGCUUACAUCGAAGCCAGGAACACAAGUCGUGCCCUCCCUCUUCCUUCCCUCCUCCUCACAGGCUUCUACAGCGAAGUACUACACCAUCAUAGCCAUAGACCCCGAUGCGCCUUCCCGCACCAACACAUCACUUGCGAAUGUCCUCCACUGGCUCCAGCCAUCCUUCCACAUCUCCACUUCGAGCAAUGUCACCUACCCUGCCAACACCACACUCCUUCCCCUUGUAUCCUCCGCCAAGCCCUUCUCGACCUACAUUGGUCCCGCCCCUGGGGCUGGCAGCGGUCCCCACCGCUACAUCUUCUUCCUGUACGAACAAUCAAGCGCGAGCUAUGAUCUGCCAGCGAUAUACGAGGGAUUAGGUCAAGGGGAAGGAAGGACUAAGAACAUUACAAAAUUUGAUCUGGAGGCGUACGUGCAGAGGGUGGGCUUGAAUGGGCCUGUGGCUGGGACGUACUUUACCGUGGAGAACAAGACUGGGACAGCUAAUGGUACGGGCAGCACAAUCGGCGGAGCAAAUGCAACAAACACAGGGGCCAUUGGCGGGAGUGGAGGGGCAUCGGGGAAUGCCUCGCCAAUUGCUACUGUCACUGCUGGCGAAGGGGCCACAGGAUCUACCGGCAGCGUACUUCCUAGUGCCGCCGGCGGAGGAGAAUCUGUGGCGACUUCAGCAAAUAGUCCUUUGUCUGCAUCGGCAGGAACGGCAGAGACCACUGGGGUCAGCGUGGGAGGCCAAGCAUCCGCGACUUCAACUGCGCAAGGUACAGAAACCGUGACGCCGGCUACUAGCAACGCUGGCGAACUGCGACUGGGAUUGGCGAUCGUCGCCGGAUUAUUGGGUUGUCUGGUCGCAGUGGUAAUUUGA